UUUUUAUUUUUAAGUCAGGCAGGUGUACACACAGAACUGUAUGUACACGCCAUGGUACGCUCCGUGCUGAACCCAUGAAGUUCAGUGGUUGAACCGCCCCGCGAUCCUAAAAAUAUAACAGCAGUGGGGAGAAGAUGGCGAGUGGGGAGGGAGCGGAACAGACCUGCUCUUCCUCCUCUGUUCUGCGUCUAGAGGCUCUCUUGCCACCAGAAGAAGACGAGCGUGCUGGCGGCGAUGGGGACCCCGAGCUAAUACGCCUGCGAGACGAUCUCCAGGAAUGGCUGUCGCAAUACGAGCCCGUGAUCCUGUGGGUACAGAGGCUGUUGGUGUGGGAGAGGCCGCUUUACAGCAUCUUCGUUGCAUUCAUGCUGAAUACCACGUUCUGGUUAGUAUUGUCCACCACCAUGCGACCCCUGUUUCUCCUGAGCGUGUCUCUUCUUGGGCUCUUGCUGUUGGAGAGAUGGAAGCAUAAGUUACCCCACAUUUCAGUCUCACGUCCUGAAGUCUCCUUAGCUGAAAGGGAGAGCGGGGCCAUUCACCCUCGGCUCCUCAGCAUCGCAGAGCUCAGCCACCACCUGGCAGAGAGCUACCACGCCUGCUGCCUCCACCUGCAGGAGACGCUCCAGUACAAACGGCAGAACCACGGAAAGUUCUGUGGAUUCAUGUGUGCAGGGAGCCUGGUCCUGGCUGUGGUGGGGCACUAUGUACCCGGAGUCAUGAUCUCCUACAUAAUAUUGCUGAGCGUGUUGCUGUGGCCCCUGGUGGUGUACAAUGAGCUGAUCCAGAAGAUGUACACUGGACUGGAGCCCAUCCUGAUGAAGCUUGACUACAGCAUGAAGGGAGACACACAGCACCACAAGCACGACAAGAGGAAGGUGAAGGAGACGGAGGGAGGCGACGAGCCGAUGGCAGAGACGGAGAGCGAGAGUGAAGAAGAGCUCUCCUGCUUCGCUCCUACUGUGGAUGUUAAGACGACCGCUCUGGCGAUGGCCAUCACAGACUCUGAGCUAUCUGACGAGGAGGCCUCUAUCCUGGAAAGCGGGGGCUUCUCUGUGUCUAGGGCCACCACCCCCCAGCUGAUCGACGUCUCUGAAGGCAGUACAGAUGUGGACCAGCAGAGUCGGACCAGCGACCCGGAGGAGGGUUUCCCCCGAGACCUGCAGGAGUGCCCCCUGACCAAGCGCCACCCUCAGCCCCGCCCUGCACGGCCCCUGGGGUCCUCAGACACUGGGGAGGAGCGUCCGCUCCCCUGCCUCCACCUGCCCCCCCCCCUGCACUUUGUGAACACGCACUUCAACGGGAACCGGCGGGGCUCCACGGGGGCAGAGCAGGGGGCUGCUGAGGGACAGAGCCUGUCGCUGGAGGCCCUGAGCCAGGAGAUCGUGAGCUCCGCCAUCUCCACCGUGGUGCAGAACACACUGUCCGCCCUGACCCGCCUCGCCGGCCCACCGGAGGCCGAGGCCCAGGACACCAUGCCUGCUGAAACGGACCCUGUGGACCAGACCACCAGCGCAGCCGAGGAGGAGGAGGAGGAGGAGGAGGACGAGGAGGAGGAAGAGGAGUUUGUGCUUCUAGACCAAAGUGAACUGGAACAGACCGAGGAGGAGCUCGGUCUGGUGUCUGCGGGACAGGAAAGGGACGAGGCCACGCCCACAGACCCACCCAGUGGGCAGCUGCAGGAGUCCUAGCUCUGCUCGCUGCUCUUUCUACACUGGCAGUAGAUACCCAGCAUCAAAACAUUAGGGCUCUUGACCAGUUGCAGUGGGUUACUGUUCAUUUGUCUGUAGUGAUUGGGUGUAAAUAUCUCUGAUGGUUAGUGUGUAACUGGAUCUGGCUGCUGCUCGCUGAGGGGGCGGGACAUUUUCAUUUUCAGGCAGUGGGUUCGUUUGAGUUGAACUGGUUUGGAUAGUUUUUAGGUUUUAGUUCUGGUUUAAAUCUGUUAGUAGUAUGGUAACAGACCAUAAUUGUUUGUGUGUGUGUGUGUGUGUGUGUGUGUAUAUGUAUGUGUAGGUAUGCAGUGCAGUCCAUCCAAGUAUUUGGACGGUGGUACAAUGUCUGUUCUUUUGGCUCUAUACUCUAGCACAUUGGAUUUGAAAUGAAACCAAGAAUGUGCACUAUAAGUAAUUGGACUGUUGGCUUCGCAGCUGUUUGAUCUGUCUGGUGUAUUCAAUCCCUUCACAGACAUGGGCCGAAAAAUAGGCUGACCAAAAUGUAAGUGUUUGUAACCUCAUCAGGAAGAAAGCACUGGUGAGCUCAGUCAUUGCAAAGGGGCUGGUAGGCCAGGGGAAGACCUGUACAGUUGAUGACUGAAGAGAUAUUGCUAUAAUUAAGGAAAUCCCCCCAAAAACCUGUCGGUGUGUCAGUGACUUCUCUCCGCGCAGAAGACUUGAUGAACAGAGACUACAUUGCAAGAUGCAAACCACUAGUUAGCUGCAAAAACAGGAUGGCAUGGUUAAGUAUGAGCCAUGAUAAGAGCCUGCAGAGUUCUGGAAAAAGAGUAUCAGAGUGAUGGAAAUGGCAAACUGGUUUUUGAACAGUUCCUUUUAGCCUCCACAAAGCAACCCGCCUCCUCUGUGAAACACAGUGGGGUUUUAGUUUGGGCAUGUAUGGCUACCAAAGGUGCUGGCUCACUUGACUUAAUUGAUAAUGUAACUGCUGAUGGCAAUGCCCGAAUUAAUUCUGAAGUGUAGAGAAUCCUCUUAUCAGCUAAAGUUCAAUCGAAUGCCCGCAAACUCAUUGGACGGUGUUUCAUCCCACAGCAAGACAAUGAUCCCAAUGAUUCCAGUUGGUUUCAGUCUAUUGUUUGAUUGAUGUCUGACUUUCUUUUUCUUAUUUCUCAUAACAGCUUCCUUGACUUUCAUUAGCACAACUCUGGUCCUCAUGCUGAUGUCCUCAUGAUAAUCGACUCCAAAGGCAAUCGAAAGCUGAGAAUUACUUUUGGUCCCCUAAACUUUUGUAUAAAAAGGGAUGCAAUUCCUACACUGAUCACCCGAAAUGGAUGUUAAUUAAUGGUCACAGUCUGCACUAUAAUCUUAUUCUUGGUUUCAUUUCAAAUCCAAUGUGCUGAGUGCAAGACCACAGAACACAAACUACACUGCUGUCCAAAUACUUAAGGACUGCUCUGUAUAAUUUAAAUGUACUGAAGUUUUUAUGACCCGUUCUGUAAACUGUUUGGUCACACUUUACAAUAAGGUACAUGAAUUGGCAUUAACUAAUGUUGGUAACUAAUGUAAUUAACGUGAAUUAACUGAUUUACAAAUGCAUUAAUUAAGCACAAUAUUAACUUUUCAUUUGUUAAUGUAUUUAACUACUAACUAAUGUAUGAGUUGCAUUAAUAUUUAUACAAUAGUAAGCCAUAUGAUAAAUUACCAUGAAUAAAUAUUAACUUAAUGUCAAUUCAUAUUGGAAUGAAAUAACUACUGUUGUUAACAUGACUUAAUAAUGUGCAAAUGCAUGAACAUAGCUGUACAGAUGAACUUCUCAGUUCUUGGUUAACAGCUACAUUAGUUAAUGCCAAUUCAUGUAGCCUUAUUUUAAAGUGUUACUUAAAAACAAGUUUAUUAUUUAUACAGAUUUGCUAGCAUCCAGGCCCCAGCAUGCUCAGAAAGAUACUGUGGACAUAAAGCAUUCAUCAGCACUUUGCUGAGAAACCCAAGAGGUUUGUUUUAUGGUGAUUAAUGAUAGAUUUAUAGGUGAAAUUGGUUUAGAAAUUGUUCUUGUGGACUUUUAUUUGUGCACAUUGAACCAAGAUCCAACCAAUUUGGGCAAUAAUAAAUCUAACUUAUUAAAAAGUUUUUUUUUGCAUUGCUUUAACAUUGGCCUCUAAUUUUUUUGUUAUGAAUUACAGAUAUUACUGAGCCCCUUUUAACCCUCUUGUUGUCUUCAGGGUAAAAAAUAACUGUUUAACUGCAGUGAAACCCUGCCAAAAUAAAUAAAUAAAUAAAUAAUAAUAAUAAUAAUAUUUUUCAGUCUGGAAUUGGAUGGAUUUUCCUGGAAUCACCGUACCAUUAGAAAAAUGAACAUUGCCCACACAUUUUUUUAUAUUUCUUAUAAAAGUAUUCUAUCAGGGUUCAAAGAUUAUUAGAAGUCUUUUUCUUUUCAUGAAAUCAAAAGUCAUAAUCAAAGUUCAGCACCACAUCUCUAUUACGGCAAAAACAAAAUCGGUUUGGGUAAAAAUGAGUAGUGUAGACUGGAUAAAUAGUCUCUGGAUUGUGAAGUUUUAAAACAGUUAUUGACCAAUUUACUGAUGAGUUGACAUGCUGUUUCUAUUAUCAAAAACCUUUGGUUUAUGGUUUAAAACUCGAGGAAGAGGUUUCAUCACAGGGGCCUGGACGAGGUGGCUCAUUUCUGACCCUUUGGACUCUAGGUGCAGGCAUAUGAAGACAACUUGAGGGUUAAGAGCUAAAUUCUUUCCCUGGGGAUUCACAAUUGUAUCUGUAAGGCUAUUUUACUGUGAAAGGGUCAGCCCAGUGUUUUAUCAGGAUGAGCUUCCCUAAAUGCUGCCUUCCAUGUGUGCUAUCUGGAAAAUACUUUUAAUACUCAGUUUUUUAAAAGUCAGUGCAAUUUUAAAACUCAUCCCUGUGGAAGCAUUAUGAUCUCUGGUUUUAUUUUUGUUCAUCAUUUAUUUAACCAGAUGAAAGUAAUUGGAUUAAAUAGAUUUUAUUUUCAUGA